AUGGCCGCAAAGCAAGUGACAGCGAUCAGAUCCAAGCCAUCCACCUCCUGGACGACAUUGAAGUGUUGGGAGACGGUGCUAAAGGACCAUUGCGAGUUCGCUGUGUUCGCCGAGUAUAAGAACCUCGACGAAGAUGCCCAGAAGAAGCUGCUGCAAGCGCUGGAGGGCGCCGUGUUCAUGCAGCUUGCAAGCAUUCUUUCGCAGUUGGAGCUACGAAGUGGGAAGGCAAGCCGCAAGAACAGUCGAAAAAGUAAGGCCGAAAGCUCUCGCGAAGAUAGCGCUUUGGUCACGGCGGUCAGAGCAGCUGCCGACGAUCCGCGAGUCGUGGAUGCCCUAACGCCCGAUGUUUUCGACAUCCUUCGGGACUUCUUGUCAUCAUGGGGUGCACCUAUUGGUGCUGAAGAGUUGCUCUACCGACACAACCUUCAUGAGGUCCAGAAUCGUCACCUAUUUAGACAACCGAACCAAUUUCUGAGUUCGGAUCAGAGCGUUACGAAGCGCAGCUGCGAUAGCUUCUGGGAGCACUUGCGCGCAGUGUCUAUCGCAGGCCUGCAGCUCUUCCGCAGCAUGACGAAGAUGCGUUUGGAGUGCAAAGUCGUGGGAAGUCCACAUCAUAAAGUUGGACUAACAAUGGUUGUAGAGGACUCGUUGGGAGAUCGGGCUCAUUGCGGUGUGUACAACCUGCCGGGGGUGCACAACCAGCAGACAGCAGACCAGGCCAUUCCCCUGAACUCCACGUUGAUCAUCGCUGAGCCCUUCAUGAAGAUUAUGGCCGAUGGCACUCGAGGAAUUCGCGUGGACAACCCGGAGGAGAUCCAAAUUUUCCUUCCGGGACAGCGACUUCUUCCCCGUCUGGACGCGCGUAUCUCCGCGCGGCAACCUGCAGGUGCCGGAGGACAAUCCGAAGAGCCCGAGCAUGGCGUGCGAGAGCCGGUGGAGGUGCAUGACUUGCUGGGAGACUUUCAGCCCGGUGCAACGGUGGAGCUACAUGGCCUCACAUCGAAACGUGGUGGGCAACUCAACGGCAAGGUUGGAGUGGUAGCGGAUGAGCAAGAUCUUACAGACGUCGAGCGCAUUUCCGUGGAGGUGGCUAGCACCACCGGAAUUGUAGAAGUUGUCAAAGUUCGGCCUUCCAACUUGCGCUGCGUGGCCCAGACUUCGUCGCAGGACAUCCUUGCCGCCAAGGCACAAGCCAAUGAGGCCUUUGCCCGACGUGACUACCUUGCUGCAAUUGAAGGUUAUGGCGAGGUCAUCAGGAAACUGUCGCUCAUCAGAACUGAUGAGGCUGCCUCCGAGAAGGUGAAGUGUCUGUGCAACAGGUCGCUCUGUUUCAGCAAGCUGGAGCGGUGGGAUGAAGCCCGUGCAGACUCACUGGCGGCAGUGGAACGAGAUCCGGCCAAUGGCAAAGCGCACUUCCGCCUAGCAUGUGCGAUCUUCCGGGCUGGCAUGGUUGAGAAUCAGACCAAGGUAUCGGAUGCAGUAAAGCAUAUUUGCAAUGCGGCAGCACUGAAUAAGAUGCAUGCCGAUCAGUCAAUCACAGACUUGCUUGGAGAGAUAGCCAGGAUGUCAGAGAAGCCUGUUCCCUCACCUGGAGGCGUAGUGGCGGUCAGGUCAUCACAGCAGUUGGCACAGGCCCUUGGUAGUGCGGCUACGAAGUUCAUCUGUCUGACCCCGGGUGACUAUCCGUGUCUUCCUUGGCCACCAGCAUUUCGGGUGGAUCACGAUGUUACAAUGGUUGGCUUGGGUAAUGUUACCUUCUUAAAAUCUGCAAGCCAUGUUUUUGAUAUUAGGGCACGCUCGCACAUGAGCAACAUUCGACUAACCGAUGGGCAGAUCAGUGUGCAAGGGCAAGGUUUCGCUGCAUGUGUGGUGAGCGGCACUGCCUCGUGGCUCACGUUGGUCAACUGCACCGUUGAGAACAGCUGCGCAGGUGGAGUUCUGGUUUGUGACAGUGGCCGUUGCACAGUGGAGAGUUGCCAAUUCCACAAUCUGUCACGGCAAGCCAUCGAAGUGAGGGAGCUUGGGCAACUAGAAGCACGACACACGAAAUUUCAGCGUGUCAGGCAGGGGGUGUCGGCAUACGCAGGAGCGCGCAGUGUUCGCAUUGAGCACGUGCUCAUCGAUCGCACUCAGAACGAAGGAGUUUUGGCCUCUGGUGAUCUCAAGACAGCAGAGACCAAAAUCCUUGAGCAGAACCUUGAUGGCACGGAGCUGCGCCAAGAAAACAAUCCCCGGGGAACCCCGGGAUGGAAGCAGCGGGCAGAGGCACAUCAAGCCGGUCGUUUGAUAUCAAUGAUGUCAGCUGAAAUGGCAGAGGAGCUGGAUUGGAACGGCAGGCUGGUUUUUGUGAUGUCGGAUUCCACGAUCAGGAAUGCUGGAGGUUUGGCCUGUAGCUUCGAUGAAGGCUGUGCAGCGCAGGUUAUAAGGUGCUCUCUGGAGAAGACAAGUCAAAACUUCUCCGCUGGGUUUGCGGGUAUUGGAAUGAUGAUCAAGGGCGGGACGGAUGCCACAGUGAAGCAAUGCCGAUUCCUGGAGAACAUCAUAGGCUUGAACGUGGGCUUCAACUACGCAGGAAAUGUUGUUGUCGAGAACUGUGUCUUUGCUAAGAACAACCUCACGGAUCUCGUGGAAGACGGCACAACAGACCCUGCACAGUUCAUGCGGGAUAGGCUCCCUAAGGGGGCGCCAUCCGACCUUUCUGCCAAGGUUCAGGCAUAUGUCGAGACGCACCAGCAAGCUGGUGUAUGGAGCACACCGAUUCAGCAAGUUGGAUUGCGGUUCCUUUCAAAGAAGGAUCGGAUUCCUGAAAUCUCAGAGAUAUCAGCAGUGGCAGUGGGCACGACAACGAAGCAGCCUUUGCCGCAGAAACUUGCAUGGGAAGCGGCUUCGCAGAAUCAGUACCCUGAAGCAUCGGAGAUUGACAUCACCCGGGGAACCGGCCAAGUGGUGGUCACCGAGAGUCGCCGCAUCUAUGCCUUUGCUGCGCCCCUGUCAGAAGUGCUGAAGCUACUCCGACGGCUAUCGGAGAACUGCCUGGCGGACGAGAACUCCGGUCGCAUGGCGCGAGCUGGAAUGCUCAGGCAACUUGGCCGUCAAUUGGCCAUGCUUCGCCAGCUCUCAUCCGCUGACUUCCGAUCCUUCGAUUCGCACUUCAGCUUCGCCACCUGGGCAAAGCAAGCUGCUGAAGAAGACUCGCAACGUUUGGCUGCAGACGUGGCCGAAGCUCCCGUGGAGGAGUUGCCUGCAGAGGAGUUACCAAAAGUCGGUGAACCCGUUGUGGCAACGGCAGAUGACCUCUGCGCUCGGUUGGAUGCCUGCGAAAGCUCCGAGCUAGCGAAUGUCAUUCAGGCCGUGGAGGAGGCGCUGCAAGAGCUGAAAGACGAUGGCUCCUUCGUCAUCAGCAAAAGUGGUGGACGGGGCAAGGUGCAGAACAAGUUAAAGCGCAUAAAGGCCCGCUUGGCCAAAGCUGAGGAGGCGUCCGCAGAGCUGGCAAAAGCGGCUGAGGUUGUCUCAGAAGCCCAAGUUCCGUCACCGGAUGAGAUGGCUGGCACAGCUGAAGAGCAGGCCGAG